UUAUCUGGCCUUGGAUUCAAUAUGAGUAAACCCUCCAGCUGCUACACGGAGCCAAAGACAUCAGCUAAUUUAAAUGGAGGCACAGCCUGGGGGUAUGGAGGCACGAUACCUGAACAUAUUAGCACUCAGCCGUCCCACCCCAGCACUGUCAGAAAGAAAAGCAACGUUCACUUCAACGACCAAAUCAUACCAAAGCCAACCGAUAUAAAUGUUUCGGAGAAAAGGAUAAAGACUGCUACUCUGAAAGAGCACCCUUACUCGUCGCACAUUUCUCGGUUUGCCAUGUUCCCAUCGUUCCUUUCCCCGGAUGACCCAGAAAGGGGAGUCAGAGCUGCUUCCCAGACUUUCUUAAACCCUGUCAUCCCAAACAAAGCUCCUGAUGUCACUUUGCUCAGCAAAACUAUAGGAGGUCCGUACAGACACGAGAUUUUGGAAACCCCAGGAAAAAACAGGGAAAUGGCUGUUUCAUGGACAGGACAAAAUGGAUUUUUAGAUCAUCCAAAACCAACAAAGGGGGAGAAACAAAUUUUCUACCCAGCUCCUCCUAAGACAGUAUUGCCCAACCCACAACUCCGGGCCUGGGAUCUGUCAUUAUCAGAACGCACAAGCAACAUGCUGAGAAACCUGGAGCGGAAACUCUGGAUCACCUCUUACCAGAUGGACUUUACUGGAUCAGGGCCUACAAACCCUCUGAAGAUAGAUGAUUUUAAGGAGAAAAUCACUUCCCUCAGAGGGUGUCAUACACACUCUGCGCCUCUGAGAGAACGGUCCUAUCCUGUGUUUGUUCCGUCGAAACCCAAAGGAGGACGGGGACGAAAACAGCAGAGCAAACUGAGUGAAAGCUUCUAUAGCCCCAAUUCUGCUGGACUCCAGAUGCCAGCUGCAAAUCAAAGCACUACUUCGUCUUAUAUAAACCAUCAACAGCCCCAGGUGAUCAUGUCUAAUUAUAAUGAAGCAGGAGUUAUGACCCAAAUGGAUCACAGUCAAUCAGAGUCCAGAACUGCCUUCAUAGAUGCACAGCGCACUGAUCCGUCCCUGGAGUUCUUACAACAGCAACAAGCUCGGACUGAAAGCGCUGUUGAUCACGGCAGAGAGGGGGAAAAUAGCAAAAUCCGAUUUAAUGAAAGCCUGAUGCAUGAAUCUAAAUCAAAGAGCAGCCAAGAUGUUGCUGCCCAGCUCUCAGGCACACAGCAACACUUCAACCUGAACAACCAGCCGUAUUCCCUGAAAGAGAGAAAGAGAAAGUCAAUGGAGCUGCAAAAAGACGAUCCACCAAGCAAAGAGGAGCAGCUCAGAGUUGAAAAUCCACUCGGGUCGGAGUUACAUGAUGAGUUAUUAACUAAAGAGGAUAAGAGAAAAGGCAGAGAGCUGCUAAGCUCUUUCCCUAACGCCUGCAUCCUGCCGAGGCCUCACACCCUGCCGGGUAUUCCCCAUGCAAACGCCUCUGAGACCGUGCUAAGCCUCCAAAACUCAUUCAGCAAGUCAGAGGCACAUCAAAGAUUCCACAGCUCCAUCACCCCUGCAGCUGUGAACCUGAGGGACAAUGUAGUCACCGGGAAAAGACACAGCUUUUAUGGCAUCAACUGCAACCAUAUCCAUGGAUGAAUACGAACACUGGUUUUCUACCCAGGUGACAUU